AUGGUGUUGAGAUGGGCACUUUUGGCCGUUUUGGCCCCGAUUUGUUUGGCUCAAUACGAUUAUCAAGUGGCUCCAAGGCCUCAACCUCGUCCUCCACCUCCACGACCACCUCCGCCACCUCCACCCGCUGAUGAUCCCUAUGGAGCACCAGCCCCACCAGCUCCUCAACCUCCACCACCAACACCUGUACAAAUUGUGCAGAAAUGCCCAGAUUGUCCGGCUCCCCAAGUAGUCGUGGUUGUCCCCGAACAACAACCAGCGAUUCCCACAAAUCUUUUCACUCAACAAUUAAUGAUGCAAGCGCUCGGUUUUGGUGGAUUAAAUUCUCUUGGAUCGGGUAAUCAACAGCAACAAAUGCAAACGAUGGCUAUGAUGCAUUUGAUGCAGGCACAAGGAAUGAGCUACUAUCAACAAAUGCAGAUGCUUGGCAUGAUGCAAAUGGCAAAAAGAUUUGGUGGUCGUCCGGUUCCUCUUCAGCCCGUUUUCCGUACCACCGCUGAAUAUUCUUAUCCCGGAAAGAAAAUCGUGUUUUGGCCUCCUUACAUCUCAGCUAGACCAAAGGAAGUUGUCCGCCCAGCUCCAGCUCCAGCUCCAUCUGGCUAUGGACCCGAACCACAGCCACAAAUUGAGACAUCGCAAUACAAUUCAAAUCAAGAAUCAACGAAUAUUCCGGAUAUUUCUCAAACCUUUCCCCAACCACCAUCUGGAUUAGCUUAUGAUAAAGGACAAGCAAAGAAAAGACAUGCU